AUGGCUAUUCCUACUUCUUUUGAUGCGGUCAAGUUGCACCUGGAAAAAGUCCAGCAGGAUCCAUCUACCCCACUCGAUGUUUCUCUGAUCGACCGAUUAAAGCUUCAACUUAUCCACGGAGUUGACACCACAGUCCCCGCUACUCUCUUAUCUACGAUAUCAGCUUUACUGCCUGUGUUGCAGGAAGAUCCGACACCUCUCACUACUCUUGCUAUCAAAGCUACGAGUUAUUUUAGCUUCGCCGAUCUGCGUUCCAUCCAGCCACCCAUUAAUCUCAUCGCUGGCUUCAAAGCCCCUUCUGAGCCGGUUAACCUUCUCGCCUUGUCUUUGUUGAGCAAAGCAGGACAAAGACCUAGCGAUGCUGCUAUAGUCGCAGGUGAUCCAAGCCUCGUUUCCUCUCUGGUGGAAUUAUGGCUGUCGACCUCCUCUACUUCGGUUGCUCAAGCGGCCCUCGAGACAUUGUGGACCCUAUUGGAGGCCGAUCUGGCCGGCCCCCUCGACAUGGCCGAACAUGAUCCCGCCGGGGAAGAGGGACAUGCUGGUCAAGGUCUCAUGUGGAGAAGGGUAUUCACUGACAAAGAUGUAUAUGCUCUUUUAUUCGGUCUCUGCAGCCUCCAGGACGGUGCACCCGGCGAUUUGACGAAGCGUGAGCGGACCUUGGCCCAAGGAAGGUUGAUGAGCUUCCUAGUGAAAGCCGGUCGUAUCCGUUGGGAUAUCAUUUCCAAAUCUCACAUAUCAGAUAUUGAGGCUCAAUAUAACAGCCAAAGCCUGGUUCACUUCGCCGCGAGUCAAAUGGUCGACCGGGGCGACGUCCUAAUGCAUAUGACUCUAUUGGGAUUCUUCCGCGACCUGCUGGAACUCGAAGCGCCCGGGUUAUCUGCUCGAACCUAUGUUCACUCCGGGUCAACGUUCUCAUCUCCAGCUCUCGACUUCCUCAUUUCAGAAAAGCGCCAUUCUCAGAUACUGGAAUAUUACCUUGAUGAUUCCAAGCUUGAUCCAGUGGAUCAGAUCUACCUUUCUGGUCCGGUCAUGGCUUACGUGGCGAGAUAUGCCGAAUUCUACCCCAACCACCUACUUCAAAACCCGUCUACCCUUCUCGACGGCAUUAUUUCGCGUAUUUCACGGGCCCUUGCUAUCCCAACUGCACAGUGGGCUCAUGGUGAAGCUCCCACUGGUCACAUGGCUAUCCUUGCCUGUCUGCCUCGAGUUCUACUCAUUGAAGCUGGAAAGCACGGUGCAAAUCCUCUGUUGAGCAUCCCGUCUAAUCCUCCCAAUGGAGAGGCUUUAGAUGUGCUGGGUAAGGUCUUCCAGGGACCGUCCCGAACUCACGACUCGGAUUCAAUGGAUUUGAACACCUCGGGCCAAACUCCAACCGACUGGCACCAUGAGGCGGCUGCGGCUCGAAUCCUUUACUUCCUUUAUCUCAAUGAGCACUCGACAUUCUGGAAUGAUGUUGUCAACGCCGCGGAUGUCCUCGUUAUGAAGGAUGUUGCCCUCUCUGCGAUCGCUUUCAUGAAUUCUAUUGUCAAGGCUAACUGGCAACCGUUGCCCCCUGCAUCGCACGCCUCUGGAGCCUCAUCUCGUUUCAGACUCCCAUCAGAAGAGAGUCUGGGACAACUCUCUCCCGCUGCAAGUGGACUUCUUCCUCUUUCUGGUCCUUGGGCCGUUCUCACCCCACCCGCCUUGACCACGCUCCUCCCUUACCUGUUCAAGCCCCCCUCGAUCAUACGCGGAGUUUGUAGGAGGAGGUGCUGGUGA